AUGAACAUUGUUAAAGAACAGAAGAUAGAAGAGAAUGAAAACGCAAAAAGAGUGCAAAAGGUAUUCAAGUUCCAAGGAGUGGGGAAGCAUCUUAGGGUAGUGAAGGAGUGCAACAUCAGCAUCAGAGACAUCGAAGAGCGCAUAAUCGCCACAAGGCAGAGAGUGGAGAGCCGCGUAGAGGAGUUCAGAAGGUCGACUGGGCAGAAGGAGCUGUACGACAAGAAGGACGAAAUCCAGGCCCGGCUUAACGAGCUGCUUGUGGAGAAACAGACGCUGCGAACUGAGCUGAAAACUGCAGUCCAGGACCUAAAAACUCUUUCGCAGUCUGUUGGCGAGGAGAAAAAGAAGCUGAACAUGAAGAGCACUUCUGAGCUGAGGAACCGGAUAAACUCAAUCGACAGCAGAAUCAGGGAGAGGCCCGUGAACUCGAAGGAGGAAAAGGAGCUGAGCACUGAGAAGAACCGAAUCAUCAAGCUUCUGGCCAUGCAGGACAUUUUCAAGGAGAAAGACGAGAAAAUAAAGGAAAUGGAGGACCAGAAGAAGAGGCUGGAGGCUCUUUUCUCUGUGAAGAAGCAGGAGAUCGACAUUCAGACCGGUCUGCUUUCUGACGUCAACGCCAAGAUAGGAAAGAUAAAGAAGACUGUGUACCCCGAAGACAUAAAAAAGAUGCAGGAGGAUAUUGUCCGAAUGCAGGAGGAAAAGAAAGCCCACAUCAAGGCAAAGAGGGAGGAGCAGGCCAUUAUGGAGAAAAAGGCCCAGGAGUACGAGCUGAAGGCUGCCGAAAUCGAGCUGGCAAAACAGCACAAGACUGCGCUGAUCGACCAGGAAAAGGUGAUUUCAGACCUUUUUGAAGAGAAGGAAAAGCUUGAAGCCGAGCUGCAGGGAAACCCUUCGGAAACCUUGGGGUCCAUCCGAAAGAACCUUUUGGCCCAGAAGUCUUCGGGCGCCCAGAAGGGAAAAAGCGCAGAGCUUGCCAUUCCGCUGCACCUUGUGAACCAGCUGGUCAAGUUUAACAUUGCAAUCCCAAGAACGCAGGAAGACAUAGACAAGACGGUUCUGAAGGUUGACGAAAUUAAGAAAGUCGAGGAGCUGAACUUCCUUUCUAGGAAGCAGAAAAUGACUGCGACCAUUGCAGAACUAAGCGAGAAAAUACAGGCGGAGAAGGAGGCCCACAAAAAAAUGCCGCGCCCUGUAUUCCCUCGCAUCUCGGAAUAA